AACAAUGCUUCGGUUGAAACACCAUUGUUUACUAUUACUUCUUAUUGCAUUGGCAAAAGGACAGCGAUAUGAUGACGAUAACGACGGUUACGAUCAUGGCGGUUACGGAAAUGGUAAAACAAAAAUCAUAGUAAAUAAAGGACAUGGAUACGGUUACGAUAACGGCGGUUAUGGAAAUGGUAAAACAACAAAAAUUAUAGUAAAUAAAGGACAUGGAUAUGGUUACGGUUACGGCGGUUAUGGAAAUAGAGGACAUGGAUAUGGUUACGGUUAUGACGGUUAUGGAAAUGGUAAAACCAAAAUUAUAGUAAAUAAAGGACAUGGAUAUGGUUACGGUUACGGCGGUUAUGGAAAUGGUAAAACAACAGAUAUUAUAGUAAAUAAAGGUCAUGGAUAUGGUUACGGUUACGGCGGUUAUGGAAAUAGAGGACAUGGAUAUGGUUACGGUUAUGACGGUUAUGGAAAUGGUAAAACAAAAAUCAUAGUAAAUAAAGGACAUGGAUAUGGUUACGGUUACGACGGUUAUGGAAAUGGUAAAACAACAGAUAUUAUAGUAAAUAAAGGUCAUGGAUAUGGUUACGGUUACGGCGGUUAUGGCAAUAGAGGACAUGGAUAUGGUUACGGUUACGACGGUUAUGGAAAUGGUAAAACAACAAAUAUUAUAGUAAAUAAAGGACAUGGAUAUGGUUACGGUUACGGCGGUUAUGGAAAUGGUAAAACAAAAAUCAUAGUAAAUAAAGGACAUGGAUAUGGUUACGGUUACGGCGGUUAUGGAAAUAGAGGACAUGGAUAUGGUUACGGUUAUGACGGUUAUGGAAAUGGUAAAACAAAAAUCAUAGUAAAUAAAGGACAUGGAUAUGGUUACGGUUACGACGGUUAUGGAAAUGGUAAAACAACAGAUAUUAUAGUAAAUAAAGGUCAUGGAUAUGGUUACGACUACGGCGGUUAUGGAAAUGGUAAAGCAACGAAUAUUAUAGUAAACAAAGGGCAUGAAUAUGGUAACGGUUACGGCGGUUAUGGAAAUAGAGGACAUGGAUAUGGUUACGGUUAUGACGGUUAUGGAAAUGGUAAAACAACAGAUAUUAUAGUAAAUAAAGGUCAUGGAUAUGGUUACGGUUACGACGGUUCUGGAAAUGGUAAAACAAAAAUUAUAGUAAAUAAAGGACAUGGAGAUGGUUACGGUUACGGCGGUUAUGGAAAUGGUAAAACAAAAAUUAUAGUAAAUAAAGGACAUGGAUAUGGUAACGGUUACGGCGGUUAUAGAAAUGGUAAAACAAAAAUUAUAGUAAAUAAAGGACAUGGAUAUGGUUACGGUUACGGCGGUUAUGGAAAUGGUAAAACAAAAAUUAUAGUAAAUAAAGGACAUGGAUAUGGCUACGGUUAUGACGGUUAUGGAAAUGGUAAAACAACAGAUAUUAUAGUAAAUAAAGGUCAUGGAUAUGGUUACGGUUACGACGGUUCUGGAAAUGGUAAAACAAAAAUUAUAGUAAAUAAAGGACAUGGAUAUGGUUACGGUUACGGCGGUUAUGGAAAUGGUAAAACAAAAAUUAUAGUAAAUAAAGGACAUGGAUAUGGUAACGGUCACGGCGGUUAUAGAAAUGGUAAAACAAAAAUUAUAGUAAAUAAAGGACAUGGAUAUGGUUACGGUUACGGCGGUUAUGGAAAUGGUAAAACAAAAAUUAUAGUAAAUAAAGGACAUGGAUAUGGCUACGGUUAUGACGGUUAUGGAAAUGGUAAAACAACAGAUAUUAUAGUAAAUAAAGGUCAUGGAUAUGGUUACGGUUACGACGGUUCUGGAAAUGGUAAAACAAAAAUUAUAGUAAAUAAAGGACAUGGAUAUGGUUACGGUUACGGCGGUUAUGGAAAUGGUAAAACAAAAAUUAUAGUAAAUAAAGGACAUGGAUAUGGUAACGGUUACGGCGGUUAUGGAAAUGGUAAAACAAAAAUUAUAGUAAAUAAAGGACAUGGAUAUGGUUACGGUUACGGCGGUUAUGGAAAUGGUAAAACAAAAAUUAUAGUAAAUAAAGGACAUGGAUAUGGUUACGGUUACGACGGUUAUGGCAGUGGUAAAACAAAAAUUAUAGUAAAUAAAGGACAUGGAUAUGGUUACGGUUACGGCGGUUAUGGAAAUGGUAAAACAAAAAUUAUAGUAAAUAAAGGGCAUGGAUAUGGUUACGGUUACGACGGUUAUGGAAGUGGUAAAACAACAGAUAUUAUAGUAAAUAAAGGACAUGGAUAUGGUUACGGUUACGGCGGUUAUGGAAAUGGUAAAACAAAAAUUAUAGUAAAUAAAGGACAUGGAUAUGGUUACGGUAACGACGGUUAUGGAAGUGGUAAAACAAAAAUCAUAGUAAAUAAAGGACAUGGAUAUGGUUACGGUUACGACGGUUAUGGAAAUGGUAAAACAACACAUAUUAUAGUAAAUAAAGGACAUGGAUAUGGUUACGGUUACGACGGUUAUGGAAAUGGUAAAGCAACGAAUAUUAUAGUAAACAAAGGGCAUGGAUAUGGUUACGGUUACGGCGGUAAUGGAAAUAGAGGACAUGGAUAUGGUUACGGUUAUGACGGUUAUGGAAAUGGUAAAACAAAAAUUAUAGUUAAUAAAGGACAUGGAUAUGGUUACGGUUACGACGGUUAUGGAAAUGGUAAAACAACGAAUAUUAUAGUAAAUAAAGGUCAUGGAUAUGGUUACGGUUACGAUGGUUAUGGAAAUGGUAAAACAAAAAUUAUAGUAAAUAAGGGACAUGGAUAUGGUUACAGUUACGACGGUUAUGGCAGUGGUAAAACAAAAAUUAUAGUAAAUAAAGGACAUGGAUAUGGUUACGGUUACGGUGGUUAUGGAAAUGGUAAAACAAAAAUUAUAGUAAAUAAAGGGCAUGGAUAUGGUAACGGUUACGACGGUUAUGGAAGUGGUAAAACAAAAAUCAUAGUAAAUAAAGGACAUGGAUAUGGUUACGGUUACGACGGUUAUGGAAAUGGUAAAGCAACGAAUAUUAUAGUAAACAAAGGGCAUGGAUAUGGUUACGGUUACGGCGGUUAUGGAAAUAGAGGACAUGGAUAUGGUUACGGUUAUGACGGUUAUGGAAAUGGUAAAACCACAGAUAUUAUAGUAAAUAAAGGUCAUGAAUAUGGUUACGGUUACGACGGUUAUGGAAAUGGUAAAACAAAAAUUAUAGUAAAUAAAGGGCAUGGAUAUGGUUACGGCUACGACGGUUAUGGAAAUGGUAAAACAAAAAUUAUAGUAAAUAAAGGGCAUGGAUAUGGUUACGCUUACGGCGGUAAUGGAAAUGGUAAAACAAAAAUUAUAGUAAACAAAGGACAUGGAUAUGGUUACGAUUACAGCGGUUAAAUAAAGAUAAAAGAUACAGCGACAAUGCAUAAGACUUAGGUUGAACUAGAAUGUACUGGCUAUAAAGACCUUUUUUAUUGCUGCUUCUAAUAAAAAAUUUCUUCAAAGCAUCUUACAAA